AGGAGAAAGAUACGUUCUUCGUGCUAAAGUUUUGUAAACUGUCCGAGUUUUGUUACCACAAAAAUGUCAAAACUAGAUUUGUUCAGGGAUUUUAUCACUCAGCGAUUAACAACGGCCACUUUGGAGAUAUUUAGGGCAGCUGAAAAGUCGUUUGCCGAGUUCGAAGGGGAGAUUUCCCGUUCGAAAGAGGAGAGCGCGCGACUCCAACGGCUGUUGGACAAUGUUACUAGUACUCAACCUGAUAUCAAGCUUCAUCGAACAGAUGUGCAGCAGUUCUCUCUCCCGGAGACCCCACAGAUUAAAGAGGAACAGGAGCUGUGGACCAGUCAGGAGAAAGAGCAGCUCCAAGGACUGCAGUCUGAAACUACACACUCCAUGUUCACUUCUACCAGUGUGAAACAUGACUGGAAUCAUGAGGACUUUUCUGAAUGUUCAUAUCUUGUCCAAACUGUUAAAGUGGAGAACAGUGAAGGAGACUCUCUAUCCACCAACACAACUGAGGAGCAAAUCAAUGCAGAAUCUUGUGUACAAGACUAUGCAGCACCAGAACCAGGCAGUGACUCUCAAAACAAUGAGGCUCUGCCAAGGGAAAAUAUGCAUCACACAGAGAAAACAAUACAUCAAUGUCAACAGUGUAACAAAAUUUUUGGUCGAAAAGGUGCUUUGGUUUUUCAUAUGAGGACACACACAGGAGAGAAACCUCAUCAAUGUCAGGAAUGUAACAAAAGAUUUCGUAUUAAGUCAGAUUUGGUUAUGCACAUAAGGACACACACAGGAGAGAAGCCAUAUCAGUGUCAACAAUGUUACAAACGUUGUAGUAAGAAGUCAGAUUUGGUUGUGCACAUUAGGACACACACAGGAGAGAAACCUUAUCGGUGUCAGGAAUGUAGCAAACAAUUUGCUCGAAGUGAUACGCUUGUUGAACACAUGAGGACACACACAGGAGAGAAACCAUAUCAGUGUCAACAAUGUAACAGAUCCUUUCGGCGUCCGUCCAUUUUGAUUGAACACAUGAGGAAACAUACAGGGGAGAAACCAUAUCAGUGUCAACAUUGUAAAAAACUGUUUAGUAAGAAGUCAGAUUUGGUUGUGCACAUGAGGACACACACAGGAGAGAAACCUUAUCAAUGUCAGGAAUGUAACAAACCAUUUGCUCGAAGUGGUACUCUGGCUGAACACAUGAGGACACACACAGGAGAGAAACCGCAUCAGUGUCAACAAUGUGACAGAUCGUUUUGCCGUCCCUCUCUUUUGGUUGAACACAUAAGGACACACACAGGAGAGAAACCAUUUCAAUGUCAGGAAUGUAACAAACUCUUUUCACAAAGCAGUUCUUUGCAUUCACACAUGAGGACACACAGGAGAGGAACCGUGUCAGUGUCAACAAUGUAACAGAUGUUUUGCAGGGAGGCUGAGGCCUAUACUACAAAGCAAAUUCAAUAUACCUGGGAUAUCGUUUAGUUAUAUGGUUUCACUAAACCUUACCAGGGUUGUUCCAGGCUCAGAAUGGGCCUCCGAGGAGUGACACCAGUAAUGAUAAUUGAUCUGCGUUCAGAAAAGGCAAUGAGUGACCUUAUGGGAAAAUAUGCAUUUUCUUGUAAUUUGGGGAUAGGGUAAGUGUUGUUGAGGAAUAAAACUCUUUAAAGC